CCUUUGAACCUUCAACACGAAGAGAUCAAUACGGUGAAAAUGAAGGCAACAUGACAAGCAUCUGAAGAGUUUCGUGUUGCGAAGGAAAGGAUACUAAUACCUCCUACUUCGUCACUGCGUUUCUAAUCAAUGGCAAUAUCACUGUACAUUUUGGAUCGAGGUUUCUAGCAUUGGAUGCAUAACACAUACUUGCGCGCAUCGUGCCAGUCAGAAAAAACGAAAAAAUGUCAAUGUCUCCCUCCAAUUGGCUAGCGUGGAUCCCGGCGUGGCUGCCAUUUGACUCCAACCCUUUUGACUGUGUAUUGCAAGGUCUGGUUGGUGCGUGUGGAAUCUCAGUGUUCUAUAAUCUCAUGAGAGUUCACCUACUCCUUCAGUCAAUCAGUGGCUCUGAAUAUAAUGGGGACAGUAAAGACAAGGGAAGGUCAGAGUCUUCGCCUGCAGCAGGGAACAAGCCUUUGGGGGGACAUGGGUUGAGUGGUGUGCUGCAGUUUUGGUUCCUGACUGGCCUCCUGUCUCUGGUCGGCCCCCGGGUCUCCUCUCUAGUGGUCCUGGAGUUCUCCCUCAGAGCCGUCGCUGCCUGGAUCACUGCAGGACCGGAUGUCCUCCCAGGCAGCACCAAGCUCAUGCUGGUCCAGUGCCAGUUUUCUCUAGGCUGUGCUCUGAGCUGCAGUCUCCACUUCCUCCAGGAGGGGGCUCCCCAUCGCUCACUCAGCCUCUUGCUGGCGGCCGGUCUCAGCUGGCUGCUGGCAGGUCACUGCCACUUUCUCUGGGGCCACGUCUCCAGGCUCUACCACAUACACAGCUCCCAGCGUUACUGUGGGGUCUGCAUCACCCUCCUGAACUCCGGCCACUCCCUGCUCCCCUCGCUGCAGAGAGCCGUGCUCCUGGCUUUUGCUGUGGCUGGCGUGGCCGGCCUCGCCACCGUGCACCACCACUUCCUGUCCGAGGCGGAGUCUCUGAGGUUCUGGACACCACUGACCAUCUGCUACACCCUGUUGGUGGUCUAUGUCCAAGAGGAGCGGAAUCGACGCCCUGGCAGUGAGGCCUUGCUGCACACGGUGGCUUUGCGUCUGGGAGCCCUGCUGGUGCUCAUGCUGAUGGUGGGCCGCUGGACCGACAUGCUCCACAUCCUCAUCACCUUCCUGGGGGAAUUUGUCUGUCUCUUACCUUCUCAUGACCUCCUCCAAGCCCUGACCCAGGUGGAAGCAAAAGAAGACAUUCCCAGCAGAUCUGCCCAGCACUCCAGCAACACACAGCAGCACAUGUCACCAAGGAGAAGCCUGUGCUCCAUGUCAUCAGACAGAGACACACAGAGAGACUAUCAGGCUGCAGAAUACCACAACACAGACCAGUUCCUGUUUCACUCUACCUCAGAUCGAGAAAAAUAACUUGUUCUUCAAAUACAGCCAUCUACUGGCCUGUCUCACUCUGUGAUAUGUUGAAAUCCAAUAAUGUCCCCAUUUACACAUAUUAAUCAUUGAUACUGUUUUGUCCCAUAGACGUACACCAUUUUUGUCAUAAAUCAUAGCAAUAUUAAAAUAUGAAUUGUUGUUUAUGACCUUGUUAUGACACUGUGUGGUUUUGGACCAGUGAAGGAAGACCUAAACCUGUUUACACAAGAUCUGUUGUUUCUUUCCUCUGUCUUCUCUUGAAUUAUUAACCAGUCUAUUACCACAGUGACAAGGACGUGGUUGCUAGAGCCACAAAUAUACAGUUUGUUCUCUGGCUAAGUGGCUUACAUGACACUGUAUGGUAUAGAUACGGUAUAGAUUUGAGCUGUAGCUAGGAGUUGUAGUCUAUUUACCAGAUGUCCCGAGUUGACUAUUCAAACUAUAACAACUGUGAUGAUCAUUUCUAUUAUUUAAGAGGGGUGAGUAUACAGUGAAAGAUAGAAGGUGGUAAGGAAGUGGUUGAAUGGUAAGUCAAAUGGGGGAAUGAUGAGAAGGAGAGGGUUGAAGAUAUGGAUGAACUGAGGUUCAAAGACCAGAGGGAAAGGUGUGUGGUAACUGUUGUCUCUACUGGGUGUACCUCGUCCCUUCAAAAAGUAGUCAUCACCCUGUUGCGCAAUCCUAGUAGAUUUACAUUUUAGUAAUUUAGCAGAUGUUCUUGUCCUGGGCGACUUACAGUCAAACAGGAAGUACAGACAGGAGUCAUGCUUUAUCAACUAAACGAAAGAGCAAUUAGACCAUUAUUUGGUUUAUGAUGCCAGCGUUAUGUCUAGGGUUUUAAAUAGUUGCGAAUAAAACCAGAUUAAAGUU